GUAUCUUACACCGAUGCCGUAUCUUAUACCGAUGCCGUGUCUUAUACCGAUGCCGUGUCUUAUACCGAUGCCGCGUCUUAUACCGAUGCCGCGUCUUAUACCGAUGCCGCGUCUUAUACCGAUGCCGCGUCUUAUACCGAUGCCGCGUCUUAUACCGAUACCGCGUCCUUCUGCUUCUGCUUGUAA